AUGAUGAUGAUGGUAAUAGCGAUCAUGAAUAUUUGUGUUCUUAUUUGUCGGGUAGCUUGUGGUGCAGUUUGGCCGGACCGUAACUGCGGUAGAAGACAGUUGAAAAGCAGGCCCAGGAUUGUUGGAGGGAGGCCGGCAGAAGCGCGGGAAUUUCCCUGGAUAGUAUCCAUCCAGUGGGCACAAGAUAGUCAUUCCUGUGGUGGAUCUAUUAUUUCGGCAGACGUGGUUCUGACAGCUGCGCACUGCCUCGGAAAACUGAUACCCAGAUUGACCAGAGUUCAGGCUGGAUUUAUAAAUCUUAAGAAUACGGGACCCUGCAAACAAGUUCGAUUUGCGAGCGAGUUCAUUUUGCACGAGGAUUAUGAACCUCACCCCCAUUACGCCAAUGAUGUGGCGCUCAUCAAGCUAUCUCGUCCAUUCAACUUGGAGAAGAGCCAUGGAUAUAUUGGAACGAUUUGCCUUCCCGAGUCGAGUUCCAUGGCGAAUAACAUUCUGGUCGCCGGAUGGGGACGACUUUCACACCAUGGCCAGUUUCCUGAUUCAUUAAUGGCUGCAGUAGUUUCCCUCCAAACAUCUCAAAUAUGCACUGAACACGACAAGACAUAUAAUCAUUCAAUUAUGUUCUGUGCCCACCGUCCAGGAAUCGAUGCGUGUGUGGGUGAUUCCGGUGGCCCCGCAUCUCAGGAAAAAGGAAAUGUAGCUGUCCAGGUCGGAAUUGUUUCAUUUGGCCAAAUUUGUGCCAACGGAACUGGAUACUAUGUCAGGUUGUCUACCUUCACAAGCUGGAUUAAAGAUCACAUGAUUAAGCUGGGAUAUACAGUUAAAUCGGCGUAA